UGGAAGGCGCCGGCGGCCGCCGCCUCGGAGCUGAGGAGGAGCGAGAGCUCGCGUUACCCCGCGACCCUAACGGACGCCCCGGUGCCCCCGACCGCCAUGGGAAUCCACGGCCUGGCCAAGCUGAUCGCCGACGUGGCGCCCAGCGCCAUCCGGGAGAACGACAUCAAGAGCUACUUUGGGCGGAAGGUGGCCAUCGACGCCUCCAUGAGCAUCUACCAGUUCCUGAUCGCGGUGCGGCAGGGGGGGGACGUGCUCCAGAACGAGGAGGGCGAGGCCACCAGCCACCUGAUGGGCAUGUUCUACCGGACCAUCCGCAUGGUGGAGAACGGCAUCAAGCCCGUGUACGUCUUUGACGGCAAGCCGCCCCAGCUCAAGUCGGGCGAGCUGGCCAAGCGCAGCGAGCGGCGGGCCGAGGCUGAGAAGCAGCUGCAGCAGGCGCAGGACGUGGGCACCGAGCAGGAGGUGGAGAAGUUCACCAAGCGGCUGGUGAAGGUCACCAAGCAGCACAAUGACGAGUGCAAGAAGCUGCUGCGCCUGAUGGGCAUCCCCUACCUGGAGGCGCCCAGCGAGGCCGAGGCCAGCUGCGCCGCCCUGGUGAAGGCCGGCAAGGUCUACGCCGCCGCCACCGAAGACAUGGACUGCCUGACCUUCGGCAGCCCCGUGCUGAUGCGGCACCUGACCGCCAGCGAGGCCAAGAAGCUGCCCAUCCAGGAGUUCCACCUGAGCCGCGUGCUGCAGGAGCUGGGCCUCACCCAGGAGCAGUUUGUGGACCUGUGCAUCCUGCUGGGCAGCGACUACUGCGACAGCAUCCGCGGCAUCGGGCCCAAGCGCGCCAUGGACCUCAUCCAGCAGCACAAGAGCAUCGAGGAGAUCGUGCGGCGGCUGGACCCCAACAAGUACCCGGUGCCCGACAACUGGCUGCACAAGGAGGCCCAGCGCCUCUUCCUGGAGCCCGAGGUGCUGGACCCCGAGGCCGUGGAGCUCAGGUGGAGCGAGCCCGACGAGGAGGGCCUGGUCCAGUUCAUGUGCGGCGAGAAGCAGUUCAACGAGGAGCGCGUCCGCAAUGGGGUCAAGCGGCUGAGCAAGAGCCGCCAGGGCAGCACCCAGGGCCGGCUGGACGACUUCUUCAAGGUCACGGGCUGUCUCACGUCGGCCAAGCGGAAGGGGCCGGAGCCCAAGGGGGCUGUCAAGAAGAAAGCAAAGUCUGCCGCGGUGGGGAAGCUCAGGAAGGGGAAAUAAAGCCCUGGGCACGCCUUUGGGGUCUCCUGGUUGGGGCUGAGGGCGCCGUUUCUUCAACUGUGGUGUGGGUGUCCGUCCGGAGGAGGGGGUGGGGGGAGGAGGCAGCCAGGGCUGGCUGUCCAGCUCCUGUCCCUAGCUUGGCAUUGGGCCUGAUGCCAAGCACUCAGGCCUACCAAGAGGAUUCAAAGGUGCCCCCGUCCUUGGAAAUCUGGGAUGAGGCAGAAACCACCAUGUUUGUGUUUGUACUUGUUCUCUUGGCCCAAGAAUCACACCCACCUGGGGCCUCGGGACAAGAUAGUUGUUUUCGAGUUUGCUUAAGCUUCUUAGAAAAAGUUAAUAAAAUUGUUAGAUGCUACAAA